AUGAUGAAAAGAAAGAAGCUACAGCACAACUAUCCAGAGGAUUCUCAUGAUGGCCUCGAGCCCGACUCGGAUGAAAGUAUACAUGUGCGACUCAUUCCCAGUUCGGAUCACAGGGUCGGCCAAGAGGAGUCUCCACGAAUCUUACUUACAGUACCGACCAUACUUGAUUGCCUUCCCCCUUGUUUUCCCGAGAGGGUGAAGUUUGCAAUCAUCAUGACUGAGCAAAGGCGUAUGCGACUUCAUCACUUGAUUAGCUCCGCGACAAAAGUCCUGAUUCUCAACCUUGUCCAAUCAUCAUCCCAUAAGCAUGGUGGUCACACAUAUCGUGCUCCGCGUUUCAAAUCCAGCCCCCCAGCCUUUUUAUAUGCACAGCUCUCUAGACCGGGAAGCUUCUCGCCGCCUCAGUCAGGUAGUUCUGCGGACUACAUAUCACAUUUCCGGCAUGGACGAAAAUACUAUAUCAGUUACUCUACCAUUGCUAGGUUCCAGCUAAAGCUGCAAAACUCCUGCAAGCCACGAAGUCAACACCAAGACGAUACCAGCUGA